GCUGCCGCUGUUCGCUCGUGACCUCUGCGCCAUGUCCGCCGCCAGCCACGAGCCGUCCGCGCCGAUCCCCACGUCCCCGGCUCGGGUGUUCUUCCAGACGUCCCCCGGUGUGGGCUGCGUGGGGAACGGACCGGUGCCUCGGGACGACCCGGUGCAGAAGAAGCAGGGCAAAGUCACGGUGAAGUACGACCGGAAAGAGCUGCGGAAAAGGCUCGUGCUGGAAGAGUGGAUCAUCGAGCAGCUGAGCGAGCUGUACGACUGCGAGGACGAGGAGAUGCCCGAGGUCGAGAUAGACAUUGACGACCUUCUGGAGGUGAACAGUGAAGACGAGAGAGCUGUAAAAUUACAGGAAUCCCUCACAGACUGCUAUAAGCCUACUGAUACUUUCGUACAGGAGCUCCUCGGAAGGAUAAGGGGAAUGAGGAAACUCGGCGCCCCGCAAAAAAAAAGCCUUUAAAGUGCUCCCGAAGUGGCAACGACAAUCCAGCUGCAAUGACUGCAAGUCUCAAAAUCAAUCAUCCAGCCCAUGCUUGGUUCACCCUAACCAGCUCCUCCUCAUUGUCUGGACCACAGACCCCAGACAGGACUCGUCUGAAAUCUAUAGAUCGUAGCGUUCACUUAGCACAGCCUACCACAACCUCAGCGGUUUUUAACAGCCUAUAAUGUCAUUUAUGUGGUGAGACGUUGUGUGUUUUGUAAAGUCGAAUUUGUCUUUUUUUUUUUUCUUAUGUCUGUGACCCUAUUGUUGGACACUGAUGUCAAACAUUUGUUAAAGGUUAAUGGAUUUGUUUAAGGGUUAAGGAUUCCUCAUUCUUUGGUGCGCUGUUUAGUUUGAGCAUUUUGAUUUGUCUUCCCAGCGGUCAUCGAUGUUAAAAUCCAGCUUGCAUAUCAGUGUACUUUUUUUUUUUUUUUUUUUUUUUUUUAUUAUUAUUUAUUUUUUUUAUGUAAUGCAUAACUUGUUAUAAACCUUUUGUCUUGUAGCUAAAGAGAAAUGUUUUUGUAGGUCAGUUUAGAUGUAAAAGACAAAAAAAAAAAGCAACCACAGAGAUAAGGCCUGUUUUAUGGCUGACGCGUAGCUAAUGUAUAGCGAGUGCUAUGGAGGGUUUCGACUAACUUCAUUUGAAUAUUUUAAGCAUUGUAUAUAAAUUUUAGUCCACGCUCGUUUGAUGUCUUCGGUUUUGUACGUACUGUAGGUUGCCAAAGAAUGCAAAAUGGUGAACUUUAUAUGAAGAGAUGUGACUGCAAACUAACUCGUCAAACGUACACGCUUGCACUAGUCUUCACCUUUACACGUGUCACAUUCCUGCUGAAACGAUACGCAAGUUGUCAGAUUUUCCCCCAAAAAUGGAGAAACAAUGGUGCUGUUACUGUUCCCCUUUUUAAUUCAUUAAAACAAGCAAUGGUGGGAUCGUUUGUACUUGAUGAUCUUGGGUUAAAAUUCCUCUCCUCCUUUUUCGUCACCGCUGGAUCAGCGAGAUGUCCAUUGUCCUCCGAGUUCUGUGUUUCCUGUUUCCUUAAAGUCAUGAGUCGGGGUUUAUUAGCGGAUGAGACGGAGCAUCUUUGUGAAUCCGACAAAACGCGUGCCUGUCUGUGGGCCUGUUUUUAAUUCUAAAGUGAAAUAUUUAAAGGUCUCUCUUCUGUGUGUGUGUUUUAGAUACUCUUCAGGGUUUUUCAGGGCUUUGGCUAUUAUUUCUUUUUAUGAUUUCUGUAAACAUUAAAGAAAACGUAAAGUCUUUAUUUCUGCAUGUGUUUUAAUGGCAUGGAGGGAACUUUAGUGUAACACUUACAUUAUGUAUAUCAUUUUGUUUUUUUAGAUACUUAUUAAUAUUCAUGUUUAUUAUAAAGGUUUUUAUUAACUGUAAGUCUGAGUUAUGGUUGUACUUUUUUAUUAUGUAGUGUAUGGUCAUUUGCAUCAUUUUAAGUAAAAUAAAACAACAAGGACAUGCUGUUGGUUUAGAUUCGAGCCCACAGACUGUCUUAUUCUGA